GGCUCAUAAGACUUUUGCUCUGCUCCUAUAUUAAAGGCUACUUCCUCUCUUUCUCUCUCCUCUCAGAUCUCACCAAUAUCUUCGAGUCGUUUUUGCCACAGUUGCUGGCCUACCCGAACCCCAUCGACCCUCUGAAUGGGGACGCCGCAGCCAUGUACCUACACCGGCCAGAGGACUACAAACAGAAAAUCAAAGAAUACAUCCAGAAAUAUGCAACAGAGGAGGCUCUGAAGGAGCAGGAGGAAGGAGCGGGCGACUCCUCUUCAGAAAGCUCCAUGUCCGACUUUUCAGAGGACGAAGCUCAGGACAUGGAGUUGUAGUUAAGGGUGACAGUUUCUCCCCUUUACCACAGAGACUAUAUUAUUUCCUAACCAUGCGAAGCAGACUAUAAAAGAUUCAUAUUUAAACAAGGUGAUUUUUUUUUUAAUCGUUAUUAUUACUAAACCAGGAUUUUUAUGGAUAUCUAGCGUUGAUGAUGAAUACGGCACCCUCUCUAGGUGUUCUAUCUCUACUUCUUGGUGGUUGUUUUUUUUCCCCUUUUUUCUCUUUUACUCUCUAACUCGCUCUCUCCU